UAGGUGGUUUCCCUUGGAGACGUUCCUGAUGGGACAGUGGUAACGGUCAUGGCUGGUAAUGAUGAAAACUAUUCGGCCGAGCUUCGGAAUGCUUCAGCUGUAAUGAAGAAUCAGGUGGCCAGGUUCAACGAUCUUCGCUUUGUCGGACGGAGUGGCCGAGGAAAAAGCUUUACGCUAACCAUCACAGUCUUCACCAACCCUACUCAGGUCGCUACAUACCACCGGGCUAUUAAAGUGACCGUCGAUGGUCCCCGGGAACCGAGAAGGCACAGGCAGAAGUUGGAAGAACAAACAAAAUUCCAAGAUCGUUAUGGAGAGCUGGAAAGGCUUCGGCACUCAAUGAGAGUCACUCCUACGACGGCCAAUUCUCGGGGGUCCCUCGGCGGCCCAGGGCACUUUGGUACACAAGCUCAGAGCCAGAUUCAAGGUACCUCUGAACUCAGCCCGUUCUCCGACCCACGGCAGUUUGAUCGGUCCUUCUCUGCUCUACCAGGCCUCACCGAGACCCGGUUUCCAGACCCAAGAAUGCAUUACCCUGGUGCCAUGCCUGCGGCCUUCCCUUACACAGCGACACCAUCUGCCACGGGAAUCGGUGGCCUCAGUAUGACCAGCAUGCCAACGGCCACUAGGUUCCACCACACCUACCUUCCCCCACCAUACCCCAGCUCCACCCAAAACCAGAGUGGACCCUUCCAGGCCAAUCCUUCUCCCUACCACUUGUACUAUGGUGCCUCUUCCGGAUCAUACCAGUUCUCCAUGGUGGCAGGAGGAGAGCGCUCACCAACCAGGAUGUUGCCAUCUUGUCCAAGUGCCACGGCAGGAAACAACUUGAUCAACCCCAGUCUCACCAGUCAGGCUGAUGGUGUGGAAGCAGACGGUAGCCAUAGUAACUCCCCAACAACCAUGACAACAACCGGGAGGAUGGACGAAGCUGUCUGGAGGCCAUAUUGAAAAAGCCCUGAAGGCCAAGCCAUGUUCUUCACCAAUUGGUGGGUCAAAGGAGAAAAGAACCAAAAAAGAGCUGCAACUGGCGAUCCUGUCCACUCCACCUCCAAAGUGGCCUUGGCAUCCCAAAUGAGAUCGUUCUUGUCCAAAACAUAAGAUAAUAAGAAACGGAAAAAGCACAGGAAGGCUAGAGAUAGCAUGAAUUUGGAUACAUUUCAAAACAAAUCUUCCUAGGUUCUUCUCAACAAAUGGUCUGCAGCAGCCUUUCCCCAACUUGGGGCAUCCAGAUGGAUUUGGACUACUUGGAGUUGUUACCUGCACACACCUUGGUGUCUCUCAGCCACGAAAGACUGUCUGUUGUGUCCAGAACAGACAAAAGAAUAGGUAGAAAAGAAAUACUCUUCUCUGUUGUAGCAAAAAUGGCCAAACACAAAAAGCUCUGGUUCAGCAUUUCCAACUUGGUGUCUCCCAGAUAGGUCAGAUAAUACCUUCCAGUAUCCCCAGCCAGCUUGGAGAUUAUGGGAGGUGUAAUCCAACACAUCCAGAGAACAGCUGGUUAGAGAAGGUUGUCCUUAGCAAUCAUCUCAAAAGGCCAAGCAGUGUUUCCAAUGGAUGGAUGGAUGGAUGGAUUAAAGGUUCUUGAUAUUAGUCCCUCGAAUAAUGAAGCUGAUGACAGAGGUCUGUGAAUCCAGGUCAGGCUGAAGUUAGGAUCAGAAAGUUUCCCUCUUUUGCACUGCACACGCUUUCUCCUCUCUAAGAGGAGGCAAGAACAAAAAGAUCAGGGCAGGAGACAAAGUUUGGUGACAGAAUGGGAAUCCAACAGACCCCAGAACACGUGAAAAGAUUCUGCUAUUUCAGCCCCAUGAAAAAAAAAAUACGCAACUGUGAUUUCCUUCCUUGGGACUUGGGUCAGAAUUCUCUUUCUGAAUUUGAGCUGAAGCUUUUUCGAUGUCCCACUUUUUCCCAUUAAGAGGUUGAGGUGGCUUUUUUUUUUUAAACCCUCGUUCUGAUAUCCCCAGGUAAAGAUGGCCAGGUGAGAAGUCAUGAGUAGAGAAAGGUACAAUCUCCCUGUCGGGACCCAAAAAGAUGGAAUGAUAAUCCACCUCUCCAGAGAUGGAAAAUGGAUCCAUUCUUUCCAUCUCUUUCUAGCUACUUAUGAAUUUGUGACCAAUU